GAGAGAGGCGAGGAAAAAUCCGACCGAGCAGGACCGGGGCAAGGCGCUCGUUCUUAGGGAAAGAUCUGCAUCCUCAGUUCUAAUCUAAUUGCAAGAGGAAACUGCUUAAAAAAAUAAAAAAAACAUGUAAAGGCAAUUUUAUGAUCAGAUCUUGCGUGGUAGUAAUCCUGUUUCUGCUACGCUAUAGCGUUCUGCAUGCUCCCUUCUGGAUUAUUAUUGUUGCCGGUGUUUUCAGUUUCUUGUUUCUAUACGCGCAUUGGAAAAAUGGAUGCAAACGACUGAUUUAAAAAUAGGAAUAGCACUGAAGCUGCAAACUUCCGCGAUUCGCUAUCCGUCUGCCCAUGGGGCUCGAUUAGAUCGGCCGGCGCCGAGGUCGGGACUCUGAUGCUCCGCACCUGGCAGAUUUGGGAAGUUUUAGUACCUAAAGGUGUUACGCUGGGCUCCCGGAAUCCUUCAGAACUACAAUGCCAACCAUCAACAUAGAUACCGAAUCGCUGUGGAGCGCAGCGCUGAUCCGCCACGCACUUUGGAGGGAAGCACCUGCUAAGGCGAUGUAGGUUCCGCACACCGUCCCACGGGCUCCCGGAACCCCUGAGACCGAAGCGCCCAUGCGAAUUGCAAAUUGAAUGUCAAGUAUGCCUGAAGCGUGGAAGGAGGGCUCUUUAAGAAAUACCCGACCCGCGGCCACAUUCCAAGUUCUCCAGCGGCUGAGCAGGUGAUGGUCUGGCCACGAUGCUACGCUUUCCUGUGAAGAAAAUCCGCAAGCAGUUCAAACUUCUCCUGUUACUGGUCCUGCUCACCUUUGCUGUCUGGUUCACAUACCUGCAUAUCAACCAAGGCAAAGCAAUCAAGCUCCAUUUUAACUAUGGGAGAGAUGGGGAGAAGCAGACGGAGGAAACGGACGCCAACCGCAAGCGAGACUUGCGGCCCUCGCCUGGACACCAUAAGAAGGAGGAACAUGGAGACAGCCGCGAGGAGGAGGUCGCGGAGGAAGAACUCAAUGGGCUGGGAGAGGAGAGCCGAGAGCUGAUAGAAGUCAGGAAGUUCCUGAAGCAUAAGCAGAAGAAGCUGCGAUGGAAGCUGGAGUACAAAGGACAGGCCAACCUCCAUGUUUUCGAGGACUGGUGUGGCACCUCCGUGUCCCAGCUCAGAAAGAAUCUCCACUUCCCCCUGUACCCCCACACGAGGACCACGGUGAAGAAGCUGGCAGUGGCUCCCAAAUGGAAGAACUACGGCCUGAGGAUCUUCGGGUACAUCCACCCGUACAGAGACGGCGACUUCCAGUUCGCCAUCGCCUCCGACGACAACUCUGAGUUUUGGCUCAGCCCUGACGAUAACCCGCUGAACGCACGGCUGCUGGUGUACGUGGGACAGCUGGGCUCAGAAUGGACGGCGCCGGGGGAAUUCAGCAAGUUCCGGUCCCAGUCCUCCAAAGCCAUCCACCUCAUCUCCUCGAGGCGAUACUACUUCGAGGUUCUGCACAAGCAAGACGACAAGGGUUCGGACCACGUGGAGGUCGGGUGGCGUCCCUUUCUGCCCGGCCUGAAGUACGAGGUCAUAGACUCCACCCACAUCUCCUUAUACACUGAUGAAUCGGCUCUGAAGAUGAACAGUGUAGACCACAUCCCCCAGACCCUGGCCAGUCACGGCCGCAUCCCUCAGGAUUUGCUCAGCUCCAAGCGGCACGGGGCAGAUAUGCUAAAACCCGAUCCCAGAGACACCUUCUACAGAAUACCCAUGGUGGACCCGGCCCGGCUGGAGAACGUGCUGCCCGCCUGCCUGUACUCCCCCACGUAUGUGGUGAAGGACUUCCCCAUUGCCCGUUAUCAGGGCCUGCAGUUCGUCUACCUGCCCUUUGUCUACCCCAAUGACUUCACCAGGCUCACCCACAUGGAAAAGGAGAAUAAGUGUUUUUACAGGGAGUCUCCAAUCUACCUCGAGAAGUUUGGCUUCUACAAAUACAUGAAGAUGGAUGAGGAAGAGGACGACAGGCCCUUCUUCUUCCCCAACCCAGACGAUUUUUUGGAGGAGGAGGAAGGGGUGGACCCAGAGGAAGAAGAGGUGCCACCUGCAGAUACACAGCGACUCAGGCGAAAGGUCGUCCCAAGCAAGGCGAGCCACACCCGUCCCAGGCCUUCGACGCCCUCCACAGGCAACCGGGAGAGUCCAGGGGCUGGAAAUAGCACAUUCAGCCAGCAAAGGAAGCACGUCUUUGUUCCGGCAGAGCAAGGGGACAGGGAAAGGUGGACAGGACGUGGCAGAGAUCUAAGGCCUCCUGAGAGGGAGGCUGGAGGACAUCGAGAAGGUCCUGGGACCCCAGAAGCCACGCCCAGCUUGGUGCGAGGUCGCUCACUCACCUGGAUCCGCACUGGCCCAGAUAGACCCGGCCGGCGGGGGGGUGUGGAGAUGCCACCGCGGCUCAGCAAAUCGGCCCUCCUGUUCCCGAAGAAGAGCUCCCUCUCCACUCUUCCAAGGGCUAAGGAGAUCCUAAGCAACUCUGCCCGUCCUGGUCGUAGCAUCAUCACCAGAGCCAACAGCCUGCCCAGCAAAGACCCCCGAAAGGACGCUAACAAGAUCUACAUCACCAGGCCCCGGCCUUCACGCACCCGCAAGACCGCCACUGCUCACCACCCGAGGGAGGUCUUCCCAGGGGUCUUCCUGUAUCAGAACGGCAAGACCACCAAGCUUGUCACCCUGGGUACUAGGCGACGGGGUGAAAAGAACUUGCUUAGUUCCCCCCAGUUGUGGCCAAAACCCCCCUUGAAGGAUGGCAAGACCGCCUUAUUGAGUGGCAACUUAACCAGACUGACAGCAGUAACCAAAUCUACCAGCAGGGCGGCGCCAGCAAGGCACCAGUGGGGAAGGGAAGAGGCCCUGAGGCAAGGACAGGAACUGCCAUUCACCCCUAGUAGAGGCAGCAACUCUGUGUCCCAGCGCCGAGGUCGUGUUCGGCCCACCUCUCCACACCCCGCGGCUAUCAGCCCGAACAUCUCUGAGAAUCUUCUCCUAACAGAGCCCAGGGUCACCUCCUUCAUGAGGACCUACGAAAUCACAGAGUCCAGGCUACAGCAGGAGCCCAGCCUGGAGCAGGAGCAGCACACAGCACAGAACCAGGAGCAGGAGGAGGGCGGGCUGUCCGACUACACCUACGAGGAUUCGGACCCCCGGCCAGGUUGGGCUGAGGAGGCCAUCAACUGGCAACGCACCUUUUCCUUCAACACCAUGGACUUCGAGCUCCUGCGCUCCGAUUGGAAUGACCUCCGGUGCAAUGUGUCCGGGAACCUGCAGCUGGCGGAGGCCGAGGUGGUGGACGUGCUGGCGCAGUACAUGGAGAAGCUGAACGAACGUAACGGCGGCAUCUACACCCUGCUACGCAUCAUCAACGUGGAGAAGCGGCGGGACUCGGCGCGGGGGAACCGCUACCUGGUGGAGCUGGAGCUGAUGGAGCGCGGCAAGCGGGUGGUGCGCCUCUCCGAGUACAUCUACCUCCUGCUGCACCGCGGCCGGCUGGAGGACAGCGUGGAGAACGGAGAGGUGGCCACCACGGCCGCCCCAGGCCCCGCCCUAACCACCGCCAGCCCCCGGCCCAGCGGCCGCGGCGCCACCCAGUGGAGCUCCGCCUACACGCGGCCCCUGCUCUGCCAGCCUGUCAUGCUGCAGUGGAGGCGUGAUGUCAUGGUGCACUUUGUGGUUCCAGUGAAGAACCAGGCCCGCUGGGUGCAGCAGUUCAUCUCUGACAUGGAGCUCCUCCACCGGGAGACCAAGGAUGACAACUUCAGCGUGAUCAUCGUGGACUUCCAGAGCGAGGACAUGGAUGUGGAGCAGGCGAUGAGGGAGAGCGCAGUGCCCAGGUACAAGUACCUCAGGAGGGAGGGGAACUUUGAGCGCUCGGCGGGGUUACAGAUUGGAGUGGACGCCAUUGAGGACAGACACAGCAUCGUGUUUCUGUGUGACCUGCAUAUCCACUUCCCCCACAACAUCCUGGAGAGCAUCCGGAAGCACUGCGUGGAGGGCCGGCUGGCCUUCGCCCCCAUCGUCAUGCGGCUGGGAUGUGGGAGCUCGCCGCAGGAGCCCAAUGGAUACUGGGAAGUCAACGGAUUUGGAUUGUUCGGGAUUUACAAGUCGGAUUUCGACAAGAUCGGGGGAAUGAACACGGAAGAGUUCAAGGACCGCUGGGGAGGGGAGGACUGGGAGCUGCUGGACAGGGUUCUGCAGAACGGUCUGGAAGUGGAACGCCUCAGACUGCGGAACUUCUUCCACUACUACCAUUCCAAACGGGGCAUGUGGAACGCCCAGACUAAGAAGAGCCCCAAAGAUGAUGACCCCCUUUAUCCCGAAGACCCAGCAAAUCCAGACAACACAGGGAAGGAAAUUCAAAAUUAUAUCAAUGACAUAAUUUAACUCUCAACAUGUAAACGUGGAGGUAGAAGAAACUGUAAGAAGCUUCCAAAAGGGUUUAGCUUGGCAAAGAACCUCAUUUGGUGCUUCUUGUUUUGUUUUUUAAACAAUGCCUGAUUAUAAGCUGUGUGCCUGUCACUGUGUUUGGGUGAAGGGAGGGUUGCAAAGCAGUUUUUUCCCCCUUUUUCUCGUAGCAUUUAUCUGCAGAGUAAGACCUUCCAGAGGCGUGGAUGUGGAACAUAAAUCCCUGUGCAGAUACCAGGUUGCGUUAGAACCUUGCCGUUGCCGUACAGGGAGAUUCUCUUUGCAGACGGCCCAGAGAUUCGGGGGAAAGAUUACUUGACUGGCCGAUCGCCGCAUUUGCAGUGUACCAUCCAGCACUAAAGCCAGCAGCCCCCAACCCCAGAAACGGUCCCGCAAAGAACUCCCUAUUGCGGUAGAAGCCCCACAGAACUAGUGAAGUCAGUUCGCUUUUGUUGCAGUGCUGUCAAGGGAUCUGGCAGCCACCCCCCGCUCUGAGACAGUGCCCAGUGAGCGGCUGGCAAGCCCUCGUGCGCAGAGUGGGGCGUGACUCUGGCUGCCAAAGCAGUAUUUCUUGUGUUCCUGAUUUUGCUUUUCUUUUUUUCCCUCCCUCUUUUAAACAUCUGCAGUGGCUGGAAAACAAUGAGUGCUUGCAUUCCUGUGGUUUGAUAGGAUCUGCCCCCCCACCCCACCCCACCCCACCCCACUCAACCCCCCUCCAGCUCUUUAUACAAUAUAUACAGAUGGGCCAAGGAUUCUGCUAUGGCUGUACGAAUGUUCUAUCAGAUGAGAUGCUGCUGACCCUGGAAGAGACAGGUAGAGAAGAUGG